AUGAUACUCGGAAUAUGCUUUAUUAUUGUUGCAGAAACAACACCUAAUUCUGAUUCGAAUUUGAAUAGCAAAUUGCUCUGCAUUGGAAUUUUAUCAGUUCAUCUUGGGUUAUGGCCUCCUUGUGUUGCCUGUUGUAUGAUAGGGCGUCAACAUGAUCGAGAACUGCUACAAGCAGUCAAAAAAGAAUCAAUCAAAUAUUCUUGCAGAUCUCCAACACCAUGUGGUUGGAGAUUAGAAAGUUCAACAAGUAGGAUUGAAAGAAAGGGAAACGCGUUCAGUCAUUUAGCGAUUGAUAUUGGUCGUUCUAUGAUUGCUGAAGGUGUAAUGCAUCAUUCUAAACAAGUCGCCCCAGCAUCAAUAACAUUAUUUCAGCAUGAAGAUAAUUCUGCACCUCCACCAUAUUCUGAUCAAUUUCCAAGAUUCUGCUCUCAAUGUCAUGUACCACGAUCUGAUCUGACAGCUAAAUUCUGUCCAUCAUGUGGACAUUCAUUCAAUAGAUAUUGA